CAUCUUUGCACGGAGUAGAAUACUUUCGCUUGCUUUCGGUUGAGUUGUGCCAUUAUGCUCUCAAGGAACGGGAGGUGAGGGAAAAGGCAAACGCACGACCACCGCACCAGAAACACGGCUAACGUUUCGCAGAGCCAGGAAAGCAAUGGCCACGCCACUAUGGCGCGUAGUGCUAGCUCGAGCUCCAGCCAUAGAGAAACCUCCAGCUGCGAUGUGAGAAAUGUGUGUCGUGGAGGUGUUUCGGUAGCAGAUCAUCGCUACGAGUGAAUCAUGACUGCCAGCAGCAUGCAAUUGAACCGGGAAACUCUGCCCCUCGAAGAGGAUGAACUCGCAGGAUUGUCCCGGAAGACUCCGACGGAGAUAAUCCACAGCGGACACUUUAUGGUAUCCGACAUCGACGAUACAGACAACACGGACGAAGUGGCUCGCGCUAGUGAGUCGGACUGCGCAACCGAAGUACCAAACUCGUUAGCUACCCCUCUAAAUGAAGUCGACGAAGAGAUUACUUUCGACGCUGACGAGGUAAUGGAAGUGGACAAACAUUUCAAGCCCCCGUGCCAUAUAGCCAUCGACGGUUCGCUUACCAAGCUCUUCGAGUGCAUGACUCUGGCAUACAGUGGCAAGCUGACAUCGCCCAAAUGGAAAACAUUCAAGGGUCUGAAGUUGCGUCUGAAGGACAAGAUUCGCCUGAACAACAUCAUCUGGCGAGCUUGGCACAUGCAGUUUGUGGCCAGAAGAAGUCCUUAUGUGUGCCAGUUUGCAUCACCACUUGAAGGAGACACUCACAACAAACCUGAGGCCAUUGUCAUGGAGGGCAAGUACUGGAAGCGCAACUUCAGCAACAUCACCGCCGAGUACAAGAAGUGGAGAAUGUUCUUCUGCAAAAAGAACUCGCGGUUUAGGACUGCAGAUGACUCCAGCACUAAUCCUGUAGACUUGGACCUUCGUUGGCUGUCUCAUGGCGGUUCAAUAGACGAAGACUUCUUUAUGGACCUCUCGGAGAGUCUCUUCAGCAGCCUAAAUCAGCCAUUUGACUUCCCAAACCCUAGGGAAAUAGCUACAAGGGCUGGCAUAGCUGAUUUCAUCCAGCCAGGCCUCAUCCAGCUGCAGCCAGCAUUUGAUGACUUUAUGGACACGCUGGAACCUCUGUCAGAUUACUUCAACUCAAAGCUUCCAACACUGCCGGAAGAAAGCUCUCUCAGCACUGAAGGUGCUCCUGUUCAGCCAUUUGGAAUGCAGCAACAGCAGCGGCCUACCUCUGUGUAUGGUGCGACCUCCCGGCAGCAGCCUGUUGUAUCUAAUCAUGAGCUGCAACAACCGCCCCCACCUACAAGUGUACAGCCGCAGGCACCACAGCGGUCGCAGCAGAUGCAGCCACUGCAGGGCCAGGCUGCUCCCUUUGCCCCUGCACUGUCACCUCAGCAGCCAACAGCAGUGAGCAGCAUUGAAGGACUCAUGGCAUCAGCUGCACAACAGCAGCAGCAGCAACAACAGCAGCAGAAGCAGCAACAGCAGCAACCUUCGCCGCCAGCUGCUGCGCUGGGCGAAUAUGAAUUCCUGAGGCAAGCACCGGCAGAACCUAUGAUUCUAACUGUGGAACAGGCAGCAGCAGCGCCACCACAGCAGGCACAAGCAAUCCUACCAGGAUUUGCAGCCCAACAGACUGCACAGCUUCCCCUGGCGAUUGCUCCUAGGCCACCAUUAGCCACCAUGGCUUUUGGAGCAGAAGUACCACAGUAUGUGCCCAAACAGCCGUUGCGGCCUCCUCCAAAGCUGAUGCCGCGUCCCUCCAACAGUCCAUUUCAACCAACACCUACCGAACUGCAAGUGUUCCCACGAGCACCUGCAUCCACUGUGCCGCCUGCUAGCAUGAAUGGCCUGCGGCAAGGUGCCAGACUGGUUGUGGAGCACCAUGCAGGCGACAAGGCUGUGCAGGGGGGUGCCACAGCCAAGCGGCUGUUGUACCCUGCAUCACAAGAAACAAUGGAGAGCAUGGAAAGCCAGUACAGUAGCAGGAGCAGCAGCAGCCUCAUGGGCCAAGUAACUGGUGGUUUCAUGCCUGCUGAGAACACGGCCCCUGCUGCUGGCAAGAACAUUAGCUUCGCCAUGCCAAAGGUUGCUACGCAUCCAAAGAACCGGACCAGGUCUCGCAGCAUGUCCACACCACAGAGCAACACCAAAAUAUCUGCUGCUGCAGCUGCCGCCCCAGUUGCCAAGCAGGCUUCGUCCUUAAAUCAGCUGCCCCAGGUCAACUCACCACCACAGAUGUUGACACCCAAGCUUUCAGUGUCGGUAUCUUCCUUGCCUGGAUCCAUGCCAUCCAACUCAAUAUCUCCACCUUUGCAGCAGAGUGCUGUCCUGACUCAGCUGUUAACAUCAGGCAAUGGCUUUUCAUGGGAAGCUCAAGCAGCUGGUGGGAGCCCUACUGCAAACAGCACAGGGGGAUCCCCCAGUCCUUCCACAGUCACCAUCAUUAACUCUGUGGCACCAUCGCUACCUGCAACAGUCGCACAGCCACAGACCUUUGUCAUCUCUCCAGUCACACUCUCUCAGAUCUCAAGUACAAACAACCUGCAACGGAACCUGAUUGUUGGCUCAGCAUCCAUUAUGCCAUCAUCCAUGCCCACGAUUCCUCCAAAACAGCUCAAUCCAACUGUUUCAGCAGCAGUUGUGUCACAAGCCAAGACUGCAGAUGUCCCUGCAGCCUCAGUUUCUGCGAGUCCAGUGAAGCCAUUUAGGCCCAAGUCAGAUGAGGAGCGCUUUCAGUACAAAGAGCACCGGAGGGUGUGCCACAUCAAUGCAGAGCAAAAACGGCGGUUCAACAUCAAGAAUGGAUUUGAAUCUUUGCGGCAUCUGCUGCCAUCUCUGAGCCAGAACCCGGACUCAAAGGUCAGCAAAGCACAGAUGCUGCAACAAGCUGGGGAGUACAUCCGAACGCUAAAAAAUGAGCGUCAGCAGCAGCAGGAAGAAGCAGACAGGUUAAAGAAGCAGAUAGAAUCCUACAACCAGGCAAUCAGCUUGUACCAGAACCAGCUUCCUGCAACGGGUGUUCCAUUGCCAUGUCAAAGGACGAAUCAUCUCAAGGAGAGCUUUGAAGAAUAUGUGCGGACCAGAACGCUUCAGAAUUGGAAGUUUUGGAUCUUCAGCCUUCUUCUGGAGCCCCUGUUGGAGUCCUACAACCAGACCGUCUCCAAGGCUGGGUUCGAUGAAAUGUGCAAGACAGUGCUUGUUUGGGUCGAACAAAACUGUUCGCUCAGGGCCCUCAGGCCAGGUGUCCUGGACUCAUUGAGGUACCUCAGCAAAUCUACAAACAUCCUUUCUGACCCAAGUCGGUUACCAGAGGAAGCCACACAGGCAGUCACCAAGAAAGAGUCAGCGCCACAGUUCAAGUUUUCAACACAGCGUCAAAAAGAAAGGUAGCAGUUGCUGUGAACUCACCGACUGGCAGUGCAAGUAACAGUCUACAGUGAACUCACCCACUCGUCUAUGAUUGGGGUCCUUGCUGUGGGUGUUGAAGCAGUGGCCUCCUCCUUCAGCUGAGAUGUGCUACCCUGUCUGCAGUGGCAAAGAUAAGUCACUUCAGCUACCUUCAGCCACUUGAGCCACUGUGUGGCCACAUUGUAUUGUGUGGAUGCCAAGAGUGCCCAUUCUUUUUGGAGGCAGCUUGCAAUGUAAGAUUAUGUGACAGUGAGAGAGUAUCUCUCAACAUCCAUGCCUGUUGUCUGUUGCCUUCUGUUGUACUUUGUUGAAUUACCUCCUUCCUUUUGUUUGCCCACAUGUGUGACACCUUUUUUCUUUUUUUCCCCCCUUUUGUACACCCUUUUGUACACAGUGUCAUCCGAAUCAUCUGAAUGUCUGGCUUUGUUAGAUACCUUCUUUGCAUGAGUGAUGUAUGUCUUGUUAUUUCUUUAUUUUCACCUUAUUUCUCAACUUUGCUGUCAACAAAACUUUCAAAUUUCUUUUUUGUUGUUGUUGUUUAUUUCACACCUCCGACCUGUGUCUCAUUUCAAAGCAAGUGCCCACAUCAUAUAAGCUGUGCAAGAAAAGUAGUAGAACCUGUCAUUAUUUUACUCUGCACUAUAAAACUUGCUCUCUGAUUUAGCUGUGAACCAUAAAAUUUAGGUUUACAUGUUCAGUCUAAACUGUGCCGCCAGGCAUAUCUAGCGACUGUAAAAGUGCAUUACUUGGCAUGUGACACCACGUCCUGUGUUUGUACAGAUGCUGGACAAGCGUGAUUAUAAUCCAAGAGAGUUGAGUCCUUUACCGGUAGUGUUUUGCUAGCAAGGGCUGCUUAUACUGUUUAAAAACUAUUUUUGUACUGUGCUGGCACCAGUUGCAGGAGUGCCCAUUUAUUUAUCAGAUUUGUUUAGCAGAGUUGCUAGAAGAGUGUGGUGUGUGUAACAUUAAAUUUCAGUGUUUCAUUGUCUGCUUGGCACAAGAAUUGAAGCGAGUAAGGCGUUACAUCUAGCAUGUAUAUUUGUGAAGCAAAUUGUACAUACCUUUUUACUUAUGCCUAUGAAUAUGCUAUGUUUCAUUUUCUGUAGCUUUGUGCUGCGAUUAUGUUUCUCCAUUAGAAUGGAGCUGUAGAUGCUACUGUAGAUAUUACGUUGGCAUAAUACCUGUAAGAUUUAGUUGACCGAUGCUUCUUUGUACAUUAGACUACCAUUAAUUUGACCACUACGAGAUAUACCGUAUUUACUUGCAUAAUGAAUGCACUCAUUUAAUGAGUGCGCUUCCCACUUUUCAAAUAAAAAAAGUGAGUUUUUUUCUUUCCCUUAAUAAUGAUCGCACCCCAAAUUUGCUGCCGUGAAGGUCAUCUCCUCGGCCUGCUUAACACCGAGCGGUACGUAAACUGUGCUGCACAGAGCAUGGCCUUCAAGGUUUUACCUGCUGACAAUCUCAGAGGCCACUUUUGAAUGUUUAUUAGUGCUACCUAGCGCCACCUGUGGAAAGCCAGUGUUCCUCCAUGCAUAUGUUUCCUUUCUCAAUGACUCCAUGUUUUCUUUGUCAGUUCGAUCGGCCCAUUCGUGAUAUUCACACGUGUGUAAAGUGAUGGGCUGCCUGCGUUUAUCACGUGCCUCAAGGGGGGCUAUGCAAGCAAUACUAUCUGCUUCAAGCUCGAAGCCGUUGAAUAUGCUUUGAAGAAUGACAAACACAGAUCAAGAAGGCACUUCGGCAUAGAUGAAGUAUGCAACCUCUACUGGAGACGGCAACAUGAAAAGCUUUUUUCACCCGAUACAAUCUGGCAUCCAGUCCAACAUGCGGCAUACAACCACUCAGGGCACAUGGGAUAUGUAUUCAAACGAGUGAGCAUUGCGUAACACCACUGUCACAUGGCCACUUUCGACUGCGAUUUGCUUCCUCUUGCAGUUUGCACAGAGGAGCUGAUCACGACCAAAAAAUUCAAUCUCACUCAAAGUGCACCAUAUGACAUCCCUAUUAGUUCCCCCCAAAUUCAGCAUCCCAGCUUGUACACUCUGCAGGCUUCAUAUCCUCACCAAGAAGUAUAAAACAAAAUACUUUGUGUAAUGCAGCUCCACUUUGCACGAGCAUUGUCAAUGAAAUCAUGCCUGUCCGAGCGACAAACACUUAACAACGGCACGUCAUCCACUGAUGGCUCCGCUGACAGCUACCGGUAGGGCCAGUAGGCCUAGUUUGGUGGACACCUUGGUCGCUGGUGCUUGCAAUUCAGCCAAUCCAGCCCAAGCUCUUCAAAGAGUGCUUUCUUCCAAUGUCGUGCGUAAUGAAAUACAAUUGGUUUACUAAAUGCCGUUAAUGCAAAGGACAAACAUGCAAGCUAAGCAAGUGGCCUCGCUCAGACAGUCAGUGUGUUGUCCACUUGCGAAAUGCCAUUGCAUUGUCGCUGCCAAUCUCGUGUGGCUGAGCACUAGGUGCUAAUUUGCAGAACAGGUACACUUUUGAGAUAAUGUUAUUCAAUUAGUCAUUAUAUUUCGUGUCCGAAACAAAUAAUAGACAAUUUUUGUUACCCCGUGAGCAACAAUAGAGGCGAAUGUCUCGACCGCAGUGAUUAGAACAACACGAAACAGGCCUGCUAGCGUCACCUCUUCGAAGGGAACAUAAGAGAAUGUCACAAGCUAGCUGUGCUGCCAUCGGCUGCAACCAAAUGACAGUGAAUGCUGGGCGUUCCAUUCAGCACUAUGGCAUGGCAAAAAACCUCAGAUCUGCUGCUGUUCUAAUGCAUGGAAAGCCAAAUCAUAACUGUGUGUCUCCUACUUUAGAGGUGGCCACAGAAAGAAAAUCAUUCAAAAUUUCACUCUGCAUAAUGAAAGCACUCCCUACCUUGCGUAAAUUUUUCAGGAAAGAAAAGUAUGUUCAGUAUGAGAGUAAAUACGGUAUAUGAAAUUGGUUUGCAUUUUCCUUGGUUUAAAAAAAGGAAGCAUUUGAUGUGCAUGGGUGGCUUCUGAACACAAUUAAGAGACUGGUCGAAUUAGCCUGUAUCAUAUUAUUGGGAGUCAGCUGUGUACCAUUUCAAAACAGACCUCUCAUGCACUUUGACUUGUACUACCUGUUGACAGGCCAUUGGAUCUUUCAUGCUUUUGCGGCUCCUGGUCUUAUUGAUGUAAUUGUCCUUGCUCCCUUCACGCACUUUCAUACCGGGGAACUUCAAACCCACUUUUUCUCUCUUCAUUCUUCAUUGCUGUAAUCCCACAUUGCUCAAAUUACUACAUCAUCGUGCAUUUUAAACCAGUCUCAUGAAGCAGUUUAACAGCUUGUCCAAAGCUUAAGUUAGGAGCAACAUCGAGUACUUGGGGCUAACCUGUCAGUAACAUUUAUCGAAUUCUCCUCAUCUUCCUUGUCUGGCUCAAAAAUAGUGCAGUAGGCAGUUGACCUCCCUAUUCCAUCCAGUCUUUGUGUAAAAAAAAAAAAGAAAAAAAAAGAAAGAAAGAUGCAGACAUUUUCUUUCAGCCCAUUUUUGUUUGGUAGUGUGUUUUAAUCUCAAGCUCUCUUGUUCUUCAGAAACAUUUGUCACAGCAUCUGUGCAGCAAUGGAAGCACCUUCUGAAUAUCCUCUUUGAUAAUCAUGUUGAUACCGUCACUCUCAUCACUACUCCAGACUGUCUUUUAUAAAUUCCUUCUUGUUUCAUUUGUCCAGCCAAAAAUUCGCAAAAUUCGCAAAAAUUCUAGCCACCAUCUUCAAGAAAAGCUUCUUGCUUCACUGCAAACAGCAGUUGAAGAGCUGUGAAAUUGGCUUAAUGUGUACAUUCCUUCUUCUCUUCACAACAGUCACUGUCUGUGCCACCUUGUCGGGGCUCAUGACAUUAGAGGCACACCGCUUAGAGCCAUGCCAUUCCUUUUGUUGCACAGAACAAUGCAGAACAGCCGAAGGAAGGAAAGGGCUCUGGCAGGUCAGUUGUGAGAUACUGAGGAACAGCCACGCACUGUAUGCAGGCUCCUCAAAAAUGCCGGGCAAAAGAUGAUGCCACUGCAAAAGCUCAAGAAGGAGUGAUAGUCAUGAGCGGCAAGUUAAGAGCUAGUUUCAGCAUGACCAUCUGGGGCACUAAUUUAAAGAUUGCAGGAGUUUCUUGUAGCUCGCAGGGCUGCGGCAUUUUCAAGCAUGAAUGGGCAACUCUGCUAUUAGAGUCGGCUUCCAUUAAUUCGACCUUGAUAGAUCCAAUGGGUCAACUUGAUCUAAUUAUUGAGUGGGUUGAAUUGAAAGAAAGACAAAAAAUAUGUCCAAACAUACUUUUGCUUUAUUUAUCCAGUUCUAACACACCUCCGACUAAUGCAUAGCUACCUGGCAUUUCUGGAUUAAAAGUUGAAAACAAUGUGCACCGAAAACCAACAUGCACCCGAUUUUGUAACAAGAUAAAAAGUAGCAUGCCACUGAUCCUGGCAAUAGGAAAAAGAUGGAACCUGCAGAGUUUGCAUUCACAGAAUGACAAUUUAUUUACCUUGCAUGUCUAUCAUCGUCACUCUCAGGCAGCUCCUUAUCACUAUGGGCUACGUCUCAACCUCCGUGCAGUCCACUGCAUUUGAUAUUCUACAGUUUCUUGAACAACUGUGUAACCAUUGAAAACAAGAUGGUGUUCAAUGCCUAGGCUAAAAACUUUGCCAGUUCACCCUGUGACAUACACAAGACACUGACAUGCCAAAAGCAUAUGGCGGUGAUCUAUUGCGGCUACUUUAGCACGUAAAAUAGCUUCUCUUUUGAAUUAGCUUUGAUAAUGAAAGCAGCGCAUUGCUGCCACCUACCUACGUGGAAACUCGUUUUGUUGCCCAGCUUGUGAUUACUAUGAUGAUACAGCUGAUACCAACAAGGUGCAGCUGAUAAACAAGGUGCAUGUUGAAAUUAGUAAAUUCGUUGUGGUAAAUCACUAAUUGGGGUAAACGGGGUAAAUCAUGCGUUGUGAGCUGGUGUUUUUGCUUGUAAUUCUGUGGAAGGCAGGCCAAAAAUUGGCACUUUUGGUGGGAGAUUGGCAGGAGAUAUCAUGUCUUCAAUGCAUUCAGUGUCCCUUGAUGCUGCUAAGGCGUGGUCACAAUUACUGUUGCCAUUGGUGUCAGGCAUGCGCAUGCUGACCAGUGAAGCUCGAAUUAUUCAGAGAAGGCCAAUUUAAAGAAUGAAAAAUCGUGGCCUAUAGAAAUGUGCGGCCAUCAACUGUGGUUUUGGUUUGGAUUGAAUUAAGCAAAAGACCGAAUUAACCAGAGCCAAAUUGAUGGAAGUCUACUGUAUGAUCUGCAUACUUGCUCUGAGUUUCAGCCUGUUGCUUCUCAUUAACUGGGAUAAGGGAAUAAAAAUAUCAGUGGAUACUUUUUUUUUUAAGUAUUGUUAUCAUACAAGGGGUCACGUAUAUGAAGUCCACUUACCUGCAUUAACACUGAAUCAGGCCUAUGGUUCUGUUGGCUUCAAGAAACUGUCUUGAAUGAAUCUUUUUAAGAUGUCUUUUUACGAGACAGUAGAGUUCUAAACUUGUUCACUGUUAUGAACAAGCAUGUCAUUGCUGUACUUCUAUUUCAUUCUCCUUUCUGGAUUUCCUAAUGGGCAUUUUAUUUGGUGCUUGUUAAAGAUCAGUGAGCAAAGUGGCACCUGCCAGAAUGUCUGCGUGUGCUGGGAUGCCAUUUGGGUGCACUGAGUUUUGCAUGGCUAUGUUUAAAAUAAUGAACCACCUUGUUUUUAUGGAAUAUAAUCUUAAGAGAUGUUUGCUGUCUUACCACUGAUCGCACUCAAUAGUAGCACAAGCGCCAUGGUUGACACACAUGUUACCAAUCUAGUGGGCUCAUUUUCUGUAAAUGCAGUUUGUUAAAAAUUUCAAACCGCAGUAUUAGCACUCCGUCUAAAGCUUCUCUUUAGAAACAUUUCUGCUUUUGUAUUCUAAAUAGCUUCAGUUCUGAUUACGGAAGCCUGUGACUUAGACUCCUGUUUUACAAGCCUGUGAAAACAUUUCAAGUCUGCAGUUCACUCUUCACAACUUAAAUGAUAUUGCGAGACAAAAAAAACAACACGGACGUUAUAGAAGACGACACACCAAGCGCAAAUCAUUUAAGUAAUGGAUUACCAACUUGCCCGGAAUGCUGCUGUCAUUAAGACUCUUCACAAAUUAAGAUGCAAUGUGAUUUCCUUUGUAACAGAAUAUACUUGUUUUGUGGCUAAUUGAAGUCGUGCCAAGCAGUAUUGGAAGCAGCUAUAACUCUUUCAAAGAUGAAAACUGUGUGUGUGAGAGUGUGUGUACAUGCUCAUGCUCUGUUCUUUAUUCUCUCUUUCUUUCUUCAAUAACCAUGACUUCAUGUGAUUUCAUCCUUUAGCAAAUAGCUGCAUUGUCAUUUGUUGGAUCUUCUGCAGUGUUUACAAGAACUGUUUCUUCAAGGCCUUGAUGAGUUGUUUAUAAAUGGCUUGCGCUUAAAAUAAUUGUGACUGCCAAAAUAAUGUGCUGUGGGCACACUGAUAACUGACAUGCUGAGCUAAUCCAAACAUCUCAAACAUGGUACAGAUAUCUGCAAGUGCUGCUAGCUAUCACAUUGGUGGCUUCACAUCAGAGUUAACCACAAACUCUGCAACAUUGCAAAGUAAAUAUUUAACCAAGUAACCUGGUUGCCAGCUACUUUGGGACAUUUAAUGAAAUCUUCAGUUCAUCAAUCGGAGUCACAACUAGGCAUAAGCACUCGCACUGUAAAUGCGUUUCGCUUUCUUUUCUUUCAGAGACAGUUAGCUGAAUUUCAAGGUAAAUGUCUGUUAAGUCUAGUCACUAAAUUGUGCCUGACAUAGUGUAUUUCUUUAUAUAUGUAUCCUUAGUAGAGCCGUAGAUGACAUGCAGCAGCAUGAAUAAUGUCAGACAUGCAAUUCUACAUGAUAAUAGAAACGUGCGUGUGUGCCAAACUUAAUUUUGUGUCUUGAGGAAAGCGAAAUCUGCCUUGUUUUGCAAAAAAGCACAACUUUUGCCCUUAGGUAUAUAAUUAAAUGCCUGCUUCUGAACACAGUGAUGUGUUCGGUAAUCUGUAUAUGUCCUGCCCUGUGUUGUCUCUGCAAAUAAAGUGCAGACCCAGUUUU